UUAUCACCGCACAUAGACCGAACAGGCAUAAUAUUAUGACCACCUGCCUAAUAUCGUGUUGGUUCCCCUUUUGCCGCCAACACAGCCCUGACCCAUCAUGUACUGUGUAUUCUGACACCUUUCUAUGACCCUGUCGCUGCUUCACCACUGUUCCUUCUAUCGGACCACUUUUGAUAGAUACUGACCACUGCAGACCGGGAACACCCCACAAGAGCUGCAGUUUUGGAGAUGCUCGGAUCCAGUGGUCUAGCCAUCACAAUUUGGCCCUUUUGAUCAAACUCGAAGCUCAAAUCCUUACCCUUGUCCAUUUUUCCUGCUUCUAACAUCAACUUUGAGGACAAAAUGUUGACUUGCUGCCUAAUAUAUCCCACCCACUAACAGGUGCCAUGAUGAGGAGAUCAUCAGUCUUGGGUUGGGGGGGGGUGUUAAGGGCCUUGCUCAAUUGCCCAACAGUGAAGCUUGGUGGCUUGGUGGUGCUGGGGCCUUCACACACCAAGAGAUCAAUAGUUUGUGUGCUGUUUGUACACUAAAUAUGAAAGAAAUGUUCCUGUACUAAAAGACUCACAAUGCCACCAGAUUACUCAAAUCAAAUCUUCAUGCAGCUAACACUCUAAUACUGACGGCUUAAAAGGCAGAAGACCGGCUGGAAGAAAAAACAAUAAAGCUGCUUUAAAUGAAAUCCAGAGGUAGGAAUUCAUUUUUUUCAGUCCAAAACUAUAUUUUCUGUUAUGACAUUACAUUAACAAAUAUCAAAGUCAUGAGUUCAUAGCCCUCACUUUGCCAAGACAUAACCAAUUUAUUAAUGAUACAAAGUAAACAAAAUAAAGCAUGCAGUAUUGCAUGGCUAGAUUUCUUUGAAAAUGUUCCCAUUGUUGGAGUGAAAACAUCAGUAUUUAUUUAUAUCUUGUGAUUAAUUCGGGGACCGUGCUCUCACCAGGGCCCUGUGUUUCACCAUUAAGAUAAAUCUUCUCCCUCACACUUAGGCUGACUUUAGAAACCUUGAAAGGUCAGUUAAAUGGCAGGACAUCCCUCAAAGUCUUGUUUUGUUUUUCCAUUUCUGGGAAAAAGGGAAUGCACUUCAAGCUGGUUAAAGAGCGUCAGUGUGCCACACAGAACCCCAAGAGCCGAUGAACUGGAACCAGCCCAACAUCUGUGGAUGCAAUCACUGACCACCAAGGCACUCACUAUAAGCACUAUGCUGUGAUUCUUAUGCUGAAGACUUCAAGUAAUAGCAAGACUUUUCGUUUUUUUUUUCUGUUUAUCAAACGAGCUUGUAUCUGUAACAUCUGGGAAUUUCAUCUGUUUUAUUUAUUAUCUGCCAGAAAGAUCAACACAAGAAAAAGAAACACAUUCUGGCACAAAAGAUCCUUGUCAUGUGAAAAAAAGCCAUAUUCCCGACUUCAGUGAUGUCACAGGUCCAGAGAAAUAUAAAUGCAGAGGAGGAGACUGGAAGCAAGUCACAAAGCAGGCAAACACUCACACAGCUCCAGCCUGCUAGAGAAGAAAACCAAAGAUGUUAAUACCCGUAUUUCUUCUUUUGUUAUUAUCUGGAUUCCUUAAUACAGGAAGGAGUGUAGUGUCCAGUCAAGGAGCAUCAAAAGAUUGAGGAAAUUGUGUUUUUAAAGAACACUGUUAUGGAGUGUGAAGCUUGUGGCAUGCGCACAGAUGUUAAAGAACCCAAACCAUCCUGUGAUCCCAAUCCCUGCCACCCAGGCGUGACUUGCACCGAGACAGUUAAUGGUAUCAGAUGUGGGCCAUGUCCUCAAGGCAUGGAGGGAAACGGCACCCACUGCACAGACAUCGAUGAGUGCACUGUGAAGCCAUGCCACAUGGGUGUGAGAUGCAUCAACACGUCUCCUGGUUUCCGCUGUGGUCAGUGUCCUGCUGGUUACGCAGGUCCCCCAGUGCAGGGAGCUGGAAUUGACUACGCCAUCUCCAACAAACAGGUUUGCCGAGACAUAAACGAGUGCGAAAUCUCAAACGGAGGCUGUGUGGAGAACUCCAUCUGUUUAAACACAGCAGGGUCUUUCCGGUGUGGUCGCUGCAAGCCUGGAUUCAUAGGAGACCAGACGCAGGGCUGUAGACCUGAGAGAGCAUGUGGAAAUGGACAGCCCAACCCUUGCCACGAGAGUGCUGAGUGUAUUGUCCAUCGGGAUGGCAAUAUCGAGUGUGUUUGUGGAGUUGGUAUGGCUGGCAAUGGAUACCUAUGUGGAACUGACACAGAUAUCGAUGGCCUCCCCGAUGAAGAACUGCAGUGCUUUGACCGAAACUGCGCUAAGGACAACUGUCUUACAGUACCCAACUCCGGCCAAGAAGAUGCUGAUAAGGAUGGCAUUGGAGAUGCUUGUGAUGAUGAUGCAGAUGGAGAUGGGAUCCUGAACACAGAGGACAACUGUGUGCUCGUGCCAAAUGUAAACCAGAAGAACACUGACCAAGAUGAUUAUGGAGAUGCUUGUGAUAACUGUCGAUUAAUUAAAAACAAUGACCAAAGGGACACUGACAGUGAUGGCAAUGGUGACGAAUGUGACGAUGACAUUGACGGUGAUGGCAUAAAAAACGACAAGGACAACUGUGUGAAGGUUCCCAAUGCUGACCAGAUCGAUCGUGACGGCGAUAAUGUUGGUGACGCGUGUGACAGCUGUCCAUAUAUUCGCAAUCCUGACCAGAUGGAUGUUGAUAAUGAUUUGAUUGGUGAUCCAUGUGACACUAACAAAGACAGUGAUGGAGAUGGUCAUCAGGACUCACGAGACAACUGUCCCGCAGUCAUAAACAGCUCUCAAUUAGACACAGACAAAGAUGGAAAAGGCGACGAGUGUGAUGAUGACGAUGACAACGAUGGCAUUCCUGACCUCCUUCCUCCGGGACCGGAUAACUGCAGGCUCAUCCCCAACCCACUCCAGGAAGACUGGGAUGGGGACGGAAUCGGAAAUGCCUGUCAAGUUGACUUUGACAACGACACAAUCAUAGACUCAAUUGAUGUGUGCCCUGAGAAUGCUGAGGUCACCCUUACUGACUUCCGUGCCUACCAGACUGUGGUGCUGGACCCAGAAGGAGAUGCCCAGAUUGAUCCAAACUGGGUGGUGCUUAAUCAGGGAAAAGAGAUCAUUCAAACCAUGAACAGUGAUCCUGGACUAGCUGUUGGUUACACAGCAUUCAACGGUGUGGACUUUGAAGGGACGUUCCAUGUAAAUACAGUAACGGAUGAUGACUAUGCUGGGUUUAUCUUCGGCUAUCAGGACAGCUCUAGUUUUUAUGUAGUCAUGUGGAAGCAGGUGGAGCAGAUCUACUGGCAGGCCAAUCCUUUCCGAGCUGUCGCCGAACCGGGAAUACAACUCAAGGCUGUGAAAUCCAACACAGGGCCAGGAGAGAAUCUGCGCAACUCGCUGUGGCACACAGGUGACACUGCCAACCAGGUGAAGCUGCUGUGGAAAGAUCCCAGAAACGUGGGCUGGAAGGACAAGACAUCUUAUCGCUGGUUCCUCCAGCACAGACCCCAUGAUGGGUACAUCAGGGUUCGGUUCUAUGAAGGUCAGAAGAUGGUUGCAGACACAGGAAUUAUUAUUGACACGACCAUGAGAGGAGGCAGGCUUGGAGUCUUCUGCUUCUCCCAGGAGAACAUCAUCUGGGCCAACCUGCGCUACCGAUGCAAUGACACCAUUCCAGAGGACUUGGACACAUACAGAGCCCAACAAAUCCAGCUUCAGGUUUAGCCACAGUUGUCAGCCCACGUCUCCAAGUCAUGUUGUCCAUUCCUUCACAGUGACCAGUGGCUCUCCUACACCAGUGCUUUACAAAGUGGGAUUUGGAGACCUGCAGUGGUCAGUGCAGCAAUACCAGGAGGUCCCUGAUUUUGUAUUUGUUUUUUCAUUUUAGUUACAGCAGUGGAAAUCCCAACCUACCAUAAGAGUGUUCAAUGUAAUAUUACACUUUUAUAGUUAUUAAAUGUUUGAAUGAGUUUAAUCCAAAUCUCAAAAAACUCAAAAAUGAACAACUAUUAAUGAUUAAAAAAUGUCUUAAUAUGUCCAGUCUGUGAAAAUUUCAGGAAUAGAAGCUCUGUAAGUCAUAUAUAUAGACUAAAUAUUAUUGUACACACGUAAACUAUGCUCACGAAAUAAAUCAGUGUUGAGGAAGUCCAUUGAAUUUCAUGUAGAGAGAAAAGGAAAGUUAGUUACUAAAAGUUUGAGAACCCAUAACAUAGACCAUACACCAAUCAGCCAUAACAUUAUGACCACCUGCCUAACGUUGCUUCGAGGCAUGGACUCUACUAGAUCCCUGAAGGUGUGCUGUGGUACCUGGCACCAAGAUGUUCGCAGCAGAUUCUUGCAAGGUCAGGCCUGUGUGAAUACUUACAGGAUACUUUUGAUAGAUACUGACCACUGCAGACCGGGAACACCCCACAAGAGCUACAGUUUUGGAGAUGCUCUGAUCCAGUGGUCUAGCCAUCACAAUUUGGCCCUUGGUGAAAAUUGCUCAAAUCCUUACACUUGUCCAUUUUUCCUGCUUCUAACAUCAACUUUGAGGACAAAAUGUUGACUUGCUGCCUAAUAUAUCCCACCCACUAACAGGUGCCAUGAUGAGGUCAUCGGUCUUGUUCACGUCAAUGGUCAUAAUGUUAUGCCGGAUCUUUACCGUACCAGCCGAUCUACACUGUAAUGGAAAUAAACAUAUCAUUUUGCUACUGAGCUAAGACUUUUUCACGCUUUUCUUUUUUCCCCCCUCUGAAGCAUCUGUGAAAAAGACCCCAAUGGUACGGCCCCACUGAAAUCACAGGCACGGCAGUUUGAAUGUAUAUAUUUUAAAAACACAUACAGAAAUACAGAUUACAAAAUAGAAAGGAUGUAAUAAGAACGAUCUGAUAUAUGCAGCUGAGACAUCAUGCACAUCCAUAGUUAGCAUACUUUGAGAACGCAAAAAAAAAAACCCAAAACAAAACAAAAACCCAACCGUGAAACGAUCACUGAGACUAUGUACAGAGAGAAAGUGGCCUUCUACAACCAUUUUCCACAAGUAAGACCCACACCAGAAAGUCUAUACAGUUACAUGAAUUCUACAUCUAUGGAUAAUGACAUUUUUUAAUUAAUUUUCUUUUUUAAAAUAUCGAAAACACCCGUCAGUGUUUCCACGCAUAGUUGCUUAAAAAAAAAAAAAAAAAAAACAAGCUCCGGUUUCGGAUGAUACAUGGAUUUGAAAUGCAUAUAAACAGCACUGCUUCUGUUCUGACUGCAGAUUUUUCUUCCCCCCCCCCCACGUUCUUAAGAGCAGUUUCAGCGUCAUCACUUUAUUUUUUUAAAUAAAUAAAUUAAA